GCUACAAAUACUAUUGGAAGAACAUAACGUUAAAAUAGAAGAGUAGGGGGUUCCCUGAAAGACUAUCCUCAACUAUCGUCGUCAGUUUUCAGCAGAUCGCGUUUUGUUUUGUGCCGGUGGAUGUGGCAAGUUCGGACUUUAAAUUAUUGCGCGUUAGAUAUCAUCGAGCUGAGUGUGAUUGUUUUAUGUGUCGUGUGCUGCUGGUUUAAUAUGUGAUUGUUAUGUAUUAUGAUAUUAACCGAGUCUAGAACAAACGACAGUUGACUUUUUAUCGUCCAUUAUACUUAUUUCACAAGUAUACAAGUACAUAUAUGUUCGGAAGUUUCUUCGGUGGAAUCGGACACAACAUUUGGUCUUUCGACCAACAAGAAUUUGAAGAUUAUAUUAUCUCCCAGUACGGCGAAUUUCCAUGUUCUCCAAGAAGAAAAUUGAGAAAGACGAGAAACCGUCCGUCGAGUAAUUGCAGAGGUGCCAGUGGAACUAACUUUCCAGCAGAUUAUGAAGAAAAAGUGUUUUCAGCCACCGACAAGCAUCAGCAGGAAAAAGAAAUGAUGGUGUGUUUCAACUGCGGAUUGCGUUGGCAUAAAAUGAAUCGGUGUCCUGCUGAAGGUAAAGUUUGCUUGAAAUGCGGUGAAAAGAAUCAUUAUGCGCGAGUUUGCAGAACUCUUCGUGAAAAAACGCCACUCGUCAGCGACGCUAUGAAGAAAGACACUGCAACAAACAACCACCAAGGUGUGAAGCCUAAUAAAAUGAAGGAGAAUAUCAAAGGAACUGAUUCGCCGGUUAAAGCUGAGAAAAAUAAAAAGGACCAGGCUACUUUUAAUGUUUUAAAAGAAACUAAUGUUAAGGUUCCAAAGAAAAAUGAUAAUAAUAGUAGUAGUAGUAGUGAGAGUAAUAAUAAUAAUGUUAGAUCAGCGCCUAAGGUUUCUAAAAUUGAUCCGGUAACAAAAACAAAGCCAACUGAAAAUGUACCUCUGAAUGUGAAGACUAACGUGCCGUCACCGUCAGCAGCUAUUAAAAUUGAAGAAGAAAAAAAAGAAAGAAUGAUGAAGGAGAAAAAGGACGAGGCUAAUACAUUAUAUAAACAAAAAAAGUACAAACUAGCGUUAUCUCAAUACACAAGACUUAUUGAACUUUGUCCAACAUCGGAAUUGAACUAUGGAAAUCGAGCGGCUUGCUAUAUUAUGAUGGAACGGUAUGAAGAUGGUUUGGCUGAUGCAAAAAAAUCUGUUGAGUUAAACUCAACUUUUGUCAGAGGACAUGAAAGGGCAAUCAGAUGCUUAAUUGAACUGGGUAAUAUCACCGAAGCCGGUACUUGGGUGAAAAAACUUGAAUCUGUUGAUGCAAAGAACGAGCGAUUAAGUGUCGAAAAAGAAAAAAUUAAUAAUACCACUCGAUACUUGAAUAAAAUUGAUAAGUUGACGUCUGAAAAAAAAUAUGCUGAGGCUGUCAAGUACUUGGACAAGUUGAUAGCCGUAAGCUCGCAGUGUAUGAGUUACAAACUGAAAAAAGCCGAAUUUUGGGUACAUAUGGAAAAAUAUAAAGAUGCUGAACCAUUAAUCAAUGAUGUACUUAAGCACAAUAAAUCAAAUCCUGAUGCCGUGUAUUUACUCGGCCGCUGUCUUUAUUAUUUGGAUACUGAGAAAUCUAUUUCACAAUUGAAGGAAGUUUUUCGCUUAGUACCCGAUCAUUCAGAAGGCUUAAAGUUAUACAAGAACGCUAAAGCACUGAUUGAUAAAAAAAAUGAAGGGAAUAACGCUUUCAUCCAUAGGAAAUACAAUAAAGCGCACAAAAUAUAUUCUGAGGCUUUGCGAAUCGAUCCGAGUAAUCAGAGAAUGAUGAUGAAGCUCUAUUACAAUCUAGCACAAGCUUCUUACAAGCUUGAUGAAAUUUCAAGAUCUACUGAAGAAUGUACGAAGGCUCUAAUCAUAGAUCCAAAUUAUUAUAGAGCUUUGUUGCGUAGAGGACAGAAUUACAUGGAAAAAGGCGAUUAUGAAGAAGCUGUCGCUGAUUUUACUAAAGCGGAAAACAUUGAAUCGAGCUCUGAAGCGCGUAGAUUAUUGGAUGAAGCCAAGAAAUUACUCGCUAAAGCUAAGAACGAUUAUCAUGGAAUAUUAGGAGUUAAAAAAAACGCUUCCUUGGAUGACAUUAAAAAAGCUUAUCAUGAAAAAGCUAAACUACAUCAUCCCGAUCGUCAUUCGAGUCAUUCUCUUGAAGAAAAAGUUAACAAUGAGAAGAAGUUCAAAGAAAUUACUCGGGCUUACAGAUCGCUUACUAAUGGUUCUAUUCCUAAGAAAUAUAAGUCUGAUAGUGAUGCCGAUGACGACGACGAUGAUGAACCUUGGGAGUGUCCUUUCGAAGAACAUCUUAUGAAAUUUAUGUUUUCACAUAUAAACAGAAAGAGAUACCGUUUCUACUAAUUUUUAUUUUUUCAUUUUUUUUUUUUGGUUUUAAUUAUCAGUUGAAAUUUUAAAUAUUGUUUAAACAACUAUUUUAACUUACCAAGUACAGCUUUUCAUAAGCAUUUCUUAAAUAUCAGUUUAAUUAAAAUAUGUUAGAAAAAUAACAAGUCAAAAUUAGGUAAUAACAAUAAAUAUAAUGUUUAUUACGUUUACAUAACUGUAAUUUUGGUGACAAUAAAAAUACUAUAAUACAACAGA